CGAUUCUUGGCUUUCAGUCACCUGUUAAGGCCCAAACGCUGCGAACGUCGACGGAGUUUUUCCGUGAAAAUUCGAAAGAGGGAAAAUCACGAGAAGAAAUAAACCAAAUUUGAAAACCGCGCGCUAACUGGUAGAGAAAAAACACAGAAUUCGAAUAUAAAACAGGGAAAAAAUAAAAAACGGAUAUAAAGGCAUUUCAAGCGUUUGGCAUUUUGUCAACCAGUAAAGGGCCAAGUGACGAACAAAAAAAAAACGAAAAAAAGUACAGGGAGAGGCACACAAGUGGCUGCAACAAAGGGUCUCCCGAACCACCAAACCCGCGACCUCUGACACCCCCAACCCAACAACCAAAAAAAAAAAAAAAUAAAAAAUAUAAAAGAAAAUCUACCUUUGGCCGGAAAACGCUUGUUUCAGCACGCGAGCGAUAGAGACGGGACGACUGCGAGGGAGGCAGACAGGGACAAGCAGCAAGAGCAGCAACAACAAAACAAACAGCUCUAUGCCGGCACCAAGAUGAGACCAGGCCGAACGACAAAAGCUAUAUCAGCAGCGACCACGCCCCUGCUCCUGCUACUUCCACUAAUCCUGGGUAGGGUCGACUUGGCCCACGCACAGUGUCCUUGGCAGAGGGAUGUGCCUGACCUGCAGACAAGCUGCAUCUGUGCCUACAAUCUGGGCAGGGAGCUAUCCGUGCAAUGUGAUCAGGUGGACUUUCCUCAACUUCUGGAGGCGAUGAACACUCAUGCACGACUGAAGCCAGUGGAUUUGCUGUACGUCAACAACUCCACGAUUUCAGAGCUCCCUGAGGCCAUUUUCAGCAAUUUGAGCCUGCACAAUGUGCAACUCUCAAGCUGUGGCAUUCAGAGGAUAUCGUCGGGUGCCUUCAAGGGGCAGGAAUCAGUUUUGCGGAAUCUCAAUCUGCAGGAUAAUCUACUGGCCGAUGUGCCAGUGGAGGCACUAAAAGUUCUGGGCAAACUGAACCUGUUGGAUUUGUCAAAAAAUCAACUCACUCACAUACCCGACGAUGCCUUUGUGGGUCUGACAAAGCUGUCAACGUUAAAGUUGAACGAUAAUAAUGUUACCCUGGCUAGCAAUGCAUUUAGGGGACUGGAACAGAGUCUCAAGAACCUAAAUCUGAAGGGAACCAAACAACGAAAGGUGCCAGAGAGUAUUAGGGGUCUAAAGAGCUUGGCCUUUCUCGAUCUCUCACAGAAUGGCAUCAAAGAGCUGCCUGGAUCGGGUGGUAUACGAGUUUUCGACGGGCUUGAUGCUUUGACUGCCUUGAAUCUGGAAAGGAAUCUAAUCCAGAGCAUUGGUGAAACAGCAUUUGCAGGUGUUCGGAAAACAUUGAGUUCAUUGAGUUUGCUCAACAACCUGCUGGCCGAAUUUCCCAUUGGUGCUGUUCAUUCGCUGAAGGAGCUUCGCGUCCUGGAUAUUGGCUUCAAUCUGCUGACCACUCUACCGGAGGCUGCCUUCCGGGGAAAUCCGGGCAUCACACUGCUAGCCUUGGACGGAAAUCCACUGAGCAGUGUGCCCGAAGGCGCCUUUGCCCAUCUGAAUGCCACACUGCGUGGACUUUCCCUCGGAGGCAGAUUUCUCCACUGCGACUGUAAGCUGCGAUGGGUGGCCGAGUGGAUACGGAAUGGUGACUUGCAGGUUACAUCUCGCGAACGGAAUCCCCAGUUUUGUGGCACCCCACCACGUUUCCGGGACCGAGGCUUCUACUCAAUUCAACCAGAGGAGCUGAGUUGUCCGGACAUUGCCGAUGCCGCCCUCCGGGGACCCGUCGGCCUGGCCGAUAACCUGAAGCCAACGCUACCCUCCUCCCCCGAUUCCGUGGAAUAUGAAACAGGCACGGGCACGGGCACUGGCACGGGUACAGUGGGCACUGGAACAGCAGCCUCAGCUCCGGUGACCAGCAGUGUGAGCAGCAGCUCCAUUUCAACAACAACGACACCCACAACAACCACAACGAUAACCACAACGGAGCCAACGACCAGGCGAAGCACGACUCGUCUACCCACCAAGUCAACUACAUCGACAUCAGCCACCACAGCAUCACCAGCUUCGAAUCUCUCUGUCAAUGGAACAGGCACAGUUCAGGCUACAUCUAUCACCACAAGCAGCAGUUCCUCCUCAUCCACAUCCACGGGUCAUGGAAAUGGCAAACAGGCACCCGGAUGGCGACAAGGAGUGACCAAUGGCAAUAGCAAUAAUGCAGGCACAGGAGGUCUUCACAAGCCACAAAGGCCGCCACUGGUCCUAGGUUAUCCACCUCAAAGGGGUACUCGAAUCGACGAUGCCAAUGAAGUGCAGGUGAAGCACGCUUUCCGUCAGGAUAGUUCCGUGAUCAUCCAAUGGGAUUCGGACACAGCGAAUAUCCUUGGAUUCCGUGUUGUAUAUCGACUGUUCGGUGAGAAGGCCUUUAAGCAGGGACCACCAUUGGAGUCCAGUGAACGUGAAUUCAAGAUCAAGAAUGUUCCGGCUCAGGAGUGCAUCAUUGUGUGCGUCAUCUCGCUGGAAGAACUGCAUGUGACCCCAGAAACUGUGCCCUAUCAACAGUGUCGAGAAGUUCGGACUGUUGCCUCGCAGGCUUCCAAUAUGGACAAGAUAACGAUUGCAGCAAGUGCGGCUAUUUGUGGCACCAUCAUUGUGGCCGUGAUUGUCUUCAUUGCUGCCAGCAGACGCUCCCGCAAACUGCAGAACAGCCAGCAGAAGAGCCCGCUGCCAAUUGGAGGUCUGCCCGUUAAUUGCUGCGGUCCGACCGGUUCACCGGGACCACUUGGCUCCAUUGCAACGCUAUCGGCAUUUAACAAUCACAAGGAAUGGGAUCAAGUGUCAGCCUACAGUGGUCGUUCGAUACCAAGACCCCGGAUCUAUCCAGUAGAACAGCCAGAUGAUAUGCGUAGCCACUUCUCCGGAAUGCCUGGCAAAGUGGGCAAAUCAAGUAGAUCCUUGGCGGAUGGACAGUCGCAGCACAGUUUUUCGAAUAAUUCGCAUCGUGGCUAUUUGGGGAGUGCCUUCCCAUCGAAUUUGGUAAAUUCCAGGCCGGAAUUGCGACAAUCCCGGCAAUCGUUGGCCGCUGCCUCGGAACGAAUGUCCCGGGCAUCGUAUGCGGGCUCAAUACAUGGAGGCGGAAAUGGAGGAGGCGGUGGCCUUGGCGGCAAUGGUAACGGUAAUGGUGGCAAUGGACUGCCCGUUAGCAGUCUGAUGGCCAUGAGCGGUAUGGUGGGCGGUGGCGGACCAGCAAGCAUUGCCUCUAGCGCCCGAAGAUCGCGACCGCGAUCCAGAUCACGCGAACAGCUGAACGCCACCCACAUACAUAACCAUCGACCGGGAAGUCGGUACUCGCAGGCGGGAUCGACGCAUACGCUGAACAACUAUUGCGAUACAUCGGACAAUUGGACGGAUCACGACAUGGACAUCUAUAUGGCCCGAAAUCCGACGACGCGAAACGGUUUAGUGCCAUUAUGAGGGCGACUU